GCAUGCACGAAGGCAUGAAUAUGGCAUCAACGUACUCCUCAUGGGUGACCCUGGUGGGGCCAAGAGGCAGCUCCUCCAUCGACCUGCGAGAGACAUCUACACGACGGGCAAGGGCAGUUGUGGCGUCGGUCUCACGGCCGCGAUUGAGGACGAACAGAUCGCCAAGGAGAUGACGCUCGAAGGCGGCGCGCUUGUGCUGGCCGACAUAGGCAUUUGCAACAUGAUCCCGUGCACCGACGAGUCCAAACUACGUCCCACGUAGUACACGAUCCCUCCGCUAGAUUGCACGCUACCCCAAUGCAAAACCUCAACCAAAGAGCUCGACC